CAUCAGGGUGGUAAAUGCCUCCGUAACACGGCUGCUUCCUCCACCAGAACCACUUCCUGUGAACUAUUAAGUUCUGCAACUUUGCUUCAGCAAAGUAAGUAGAGAAAUAAGGCAAGAUCGCAGCAGCAGGUGUGGAGGAUGCACUAAACAUAUCAAGGAAGUCAGGUGUCAGGUCUACAGCCAUGUCGCUAGCCAUGAAAGCCAAGCAGAGAGUGAAGAAGAAAACCGUCAAGGACAAAAUCUUUGGGUGCGAUUUGUUGGAACAUCUCCAAAUGUCCGGACAAGAAGUUCCUCAGGUUCUGAAAAGCUGCACAGAAUUCGUGGAGGAGCAUGGCAUCGUGGACGGUAUCUACAGGUUAUGUGGCAUAGCCUCUAAUGUACAGAAACUGAGACAAGAGUUCGACAUAGAGCGGCCUCCAGAUCUCAACAAGAGUACCUACCUGCAAGAUGUCCACUGUGUCAGCUCCCUCUGCAAAGCUUAUUUCCGAGAACUACCCAACCCACUCUUAACAUAUCAGCUCUACGACAAGUUUGCUGAUGCAGUGGCCAUACAACUGGAGGAGCAGCGACUGAUAAAGAUUAGAGAGGUGCUGAAGGAGCUUCCGCUUCCACAUUACAGGACCUUGGAAUAUCUCAUGAGACACUUGCUCAGAAUGGCCUCCUACAGCUCCCAGACCAACAUGCAUGCAAGGAACCUGGCCAUUGUCUGGGCCCCUAAUCUGCUCAGGUCCAAAGACAUUGAGUCUUCAGGUUUUAAUGGCACGGCGGCGUUCAUGGAAGUCAGAGUCCAAUCCAUUGUGGUAGAAUUCAUCCUAACACACGUGGAACAGGUGUUUGGAGACUGGAUAAAUUAUGGAAAAGAGAACGAAGAAAGCACCUUUGCCUCAGUGAACUGGCCAACCUGUGUUCCUGAGGAUUAUUACCGCUCGCUGUCCUACAAUCUACCAAACAUGCUGAACCAUGGGGAUGGUCCACCACAAAUUCGCCCUUACCACACCAUCAUUGAGUUCUCAGACCACAAGAGGAAAGGUUCUUUGAAAGCCAAGAAAUGGAAAUCAAUCUUCAACCUUGGAAGGUCCAACCCAGAAUCCAAACGCAAGUCUCAAAAACAAGAUGAUAAAGAUGGAAAGUCAGGAAAAAUGAGCCUUCGUCCAGCCAAGAGCAUGGACUCCCUGAGUUCAGUCCCUCAUGCGACACAUGGCAGUGAUUUGGGGCAGAAUGGGGUGGCACUACGAUCUCCCAAAAACCAACUCUCUCUUCGAAGGGAAAGUUUUGGGUCUCCUUCCAAUGAAGAGAAUGUAGAGUUUACAUUCUUGGAUUCUGGGGAGCAGCUGUCCUCAAUGGACACAAACGAUGCAGAGUGUGAAGAAGAAGGUCAAGCCAAGUCAGAGCCCACAACCCCCAAACCAGGAAGGUCUGCGAUAACAGGGAAACCACCAGGUCGUUCUCCUAAAUCGAAUCAAAGCCGGGCUGAGAAGUGUGUUGGAGUCCACAUCUCUGGACCCUUCUCUGUUACACUUCCCUUCCAUAUUACAUCCAAUCUAUCUCGUUUGACCAGAGGGAUGGAGUGUCCAGGAUUGAGCAUAAUGGUUCCACAAAGAAGCUCAGAGAACAUCUUCUCGCUAGAAGGAAACCUGUCUGCAGAGUCGGAUGAUACAGACAAAGUGACACUGAGACAAAUGGCAGAGAAAGAAAACGCAGCAGAGGAGGCCGGGAAAGAGAACACCCGCAUUUCAUUAGAGGUCCAAGACUCCUUCUCCUUCCUGGACGUCCAGGACACCAGCAUAGAGAAAACACCAGAAAACACAGUGGACAGCGAGAUGCUGGGGUAUGAACUACAGGCUGAGAACAAGAUGGAGGAAUUUUCUGUGGAGCCUCCACCAGAUGACCUUUGUACAGAAGAUGAAGCUGAGCAGAUGUAUUUCAUGCCCAGUGGCUUUGUGGAUGAGAAAGGACAUUGGAGGCAGAUGCACGAGAGCUUGGAAGACAUUUAUCUGAGUGCUCACGAUGACCUCAGUCCAAUAACACAGGCUCCAGAGAUGAACCUGGAGAACAAGGAGCUGUGUAUAUUUCAUGAGACUCUCCCCACAAAUACAGACCGAGUAGACGGGAGCUUUAAGGAGGAUCAGCCAAGGUUUCAGGAUGUGGCCUAUAGCAAGGAAGAUCCACAUUUACUGACGGGCACAGAAACACCAAGUAAUGAGAUACACAAUAUGCUGAUGAAUGAUCAUCACAGUCAACACUGUAACUCAGAUGAUGGAGCUACAGAGGAGGUCUGCAGAGAAGAGGCAGAACAUGUAGAACUAUGCUCUCUGAUCACUGAUUUACAGGAGGACACAACCCCAAUAGAUCUCGGCUCCAGACACGAGUCAGAACAUAUAGACUUAUGCGCUUCAAUCAAUGAUUUACAGGAGGACACAACCCUAGUAGAUCCAGACUCCAGAGAAGAGUCAGAACAUAUAGCGCCAUGCACACUUAGCAAUGAUUUACAGGCGGAAAAACGCCUAGUAGAUCCAGGCUCCAGAGAAGGGCAGAACAUGGACCUCCUCAAUGCAGAGAAUAGAUCUGGCAAGCCAGCUCAUGAAGGAAUACAACAUAAAAGACUUGGUCAACAUGACAUGGAAAUUGUAAAAGGUAAAGAAUUACUGGAUUGUUCCGGGCCCCCUACACAUAACAUAGCUGAGAAUAACAUGGACUGCACAGUAGACCUGCAUCAUGUAUGUCACAUGGAGGAUGAAGGAAUACUGGAGGCAUCAGUGAUAUUCCAACAACCUCAUGUCCAAAAGCUCAACAUCAAGCUUUCUAAGGCUACACUGGAGAAUUGUGACUGUGAAGAUGAAGACUCAGGGGAAAGAAAUCCUGAUCAACAUGAUGGAGGUGAUGCUUCAGCAAAUACAUCUGACAGAAGCACAUCAGAUAAGAGCAUGUCCAGUAUCACGCCCUCACUAACACAUGUGAAGACAAGUAAGAGGCAGAAUCACUGCACUGAAAGGAGACCUGCAGAAGACCUUGAGUCCAUCAUUGAUAAUCAGUGCUAUUCUGAUGAUGACCCUCAUUCUUGUCUGUGUUCAUCAGCUGAAGAAGCUAUGGGAGACAAUCCUCGAUGUGACCAAAUGGGAAACCCAGAAGAAAAGAUGAAGGAUUUUCUACAGCAAAAAGAAACAGUUCAUGUCAAAACCAAUGAAGACACGGAAGCCUACCCGAUAGGGCAGAGGCUACCACAUGUUUCUAAGUCUCCUGCUGAGUUGGAUGGCAUUGUCCCUCAGAGGAAGCAUCCUACUGGAAGUGUAGCCAUGAAGCUGAUGGCCACCACCAAUAAAAUCCAGCAAGCAAAAUCUGUUCCUGUUGUGCCCCCAAAACCACAGUUCACCAAGCUACCCCCAGCACUAAAGAGCAAGAUACAAGUAAGCUCCUCGUCAUCUGCAAAGAGGGACACGAGGUCUCAGAAGAUGGAAAAGAGCAAUCAUCUGGACACAUCAGAGACCUCUACUGACUCUGCACCAAAGAGACGAUCCAGUUGGAGGAAUGCCACCAGUGUUUCCUUUGACACAGCUAUGGCCCUGGCCAAGGAGCGACAGUGUCAGAACCCAGUCAGGCGUAUGCAGACAUAUUGUAUAGGGGACUCCUAUGAAGUUAUGGACACGACUAAGUCAGACAAUGCUCCACAGGCUCCGAGGUUCACAGUGAAGUCAGCCAGUAGCAGAGCACACAGACCGUUCAGCUUUAUGCCCCUCUCUUAUGGUGAUGGAGAACUUCAUGGACCAGUUACUGUAGAAAAAGAGACAAUGCAUGGUCUCCAUCCCAUAUUCAACCAUGAACCUGAACCUUACACAAAAGAAGUGCCUCAUAGGAACAGACUGAGCAUGCCACGGCUUGGCCAACCAUCUUUGGGUGAUGAACAGGCCAAGUGUCAUAAGCAUCAGCGCCGGUCAUUGCUUUAAGGUUCACCUCCCACUGGAGUCAUUUAUACAAGCGGAAUACAAUCCUCCAGACACCCAGAACUGUCCACAUGUAACAUGUAUGUACUUAUGUUGUAUGAGCACCUGAUCCAUGUGUUAUAAAGGGAAA